GUAUCCUAGGAAAACAUCAUGGCCGCUAUGGAUGGACAACAAGCUAUGCGAGAAAACGAAUUUUCUCCCGUAGUUGAGGGAAAUUUAGUUCAUACAGGCGGAGAAACACAUAUUCUGAACUAUGACACAAAUGUUCUGUCUCUAGAUAAUGUGCGAGUUCCAACAGAGAUGACGGACGGCGCUGAAAACGAAGUGUGCGAGUCCGAUGGAGAAGAGGAGGAGGAUAUCGAGCUUUCUCCUGGUGGAAUACUGGAUGAAGAAACUAUUGGGAGGAACUUAUCAAACCUGGGACGAUCCGCUGAUGGGACUCAACAAGUGUUUCUCCAUGUUACCAUUGCUGGUUUCAACUUGAAAGACAUAUCAACUCUGUCAAAUUUUGUCCAUCUCCAGAAAGUGGAAUUACCCUACAAUGAACUUACAGAUUUAUCUCCCCUUAGUUCCCUGCAGUACAUGCUGGUUUUAGACGUCUCUCACAAUAAACUGACAAAGCUCCUAGACUUCACGCCUCCAAAGAAUCUGAAGGAGGCCAACUUUAGUUACAAUGAAAUCCAGGAAAUGGCUGAUCUCUCUGCCUACCAUUACUUAACCACUCUUAAUCUUGAUCAUAACAAAAUCUCACAGAUUAAAGGAUUAGAAAAUUGUAAACGUCUACAAGAUCUGAGUUUAGCCCACAACAAAAUAGAGAGGAUACAUGGUCUAGAAAAUCUACCACUACAGAGCCUUAAUUUGUGCCACAACCAUAUCAAGACGAUAGAAAACCUGGAAACUCUGCGUCUGUUGAGAAGUGUUAAUUUAUCAGGUAACAACAUCCGAAGUUUGGCAGGGCUAGAGGACCACCCCCUUUUGGAGAAUGUGGAUGUAGAGGAUAAUGAAGUAAUUGACAUCUCAGAGAUGAAGUACAUUAAGGAGUCCCAGAUGCUACGUCAGCUGAAUCUGCUCCGGAAUCCGAUACAGGAACUGCCGGAUUACCGCUUGUCCAUUCUCUUCCGGAUGCAGAGUCUCACUGAGCUGGAUAGGCACAGGGUGGAGGUCGAAGAAAAGGUAGCAGCCGUGAACAUGUUUAACCCCCCAGCUGAAAUUGUAGCGGCACGGGACCACAUCAUGCAUGUCGUGUAUUCCUUCCUUCAGCCAAGUCGAAUUCUGGACAACACCCUGCCCAGUAUGGAGACCCCCUACCCUAUGUUGGUCCUGGUUGGUCCCCAGGGGUCAGGGAAAAAAGACCUCGCUCUAAAACUGGUGGAGGAAUUCUCUGAUUACUUUGGUUACUGUGUAACACAUACUACACGUAAACCAAAUAAAGAUGAAACACCAGGAAAGGACUACCAUUUUGUAGAUCUAGAGAAAUUUGAAUUUGACAUCAGAUGGGGCCAGUUUAUCCAGACCAGUCAGUACCACGGUCAGUGGUACGGACUUCAGAUGCAGUCCAUUGAGGACAUAGCUAGGGAGGGACUGGCCUGUGUCGUCCACAUGGAACUAGAGGGAGUGCUAACUCUGAAGAACACCUACUUUGAGCCCCGGUAUGUCCUGAUCAUGCCCCUUAGCUCAGAGUGUCACGAGAAGAGACUCCGAGAACGUGCUCUGUACUCCGAGGCUCAGAUCGAGGACAAUCUCACUCGGGCCGAGAUGUAUCAGGAAUACAACAGGGACCAUCCGGGCUUCUUUGACAUGAUGAUCAACAGUGAUGAUAUAGAGGAAGCAUACAAACACUUGAGACGACUGGUUAUGGAUUAUCUCGGUAUCAGCAUUCCCUCGUUUGAGUCCGAGGUUGGGGAUAUAGCUGAGACCAAGGACACAGAGAACAAUGCCCCCACAGGAACUCAGCUGGGGACCCGGACCUGGUCCCGACCCAGCCUCCCUGACAGCAUGUCCCAGCCCUACACCCGCGGAAAGACCACUCAGUCACCUGUAUUGUCAGGGAGGGGCAUACUGGAGGAGAUGUCUUUGAAGAGAAGACACAGUGCAGCCAAGGCUUCAGUAGCCGGCUACAUUCCUCCAUUGUUUGAACAAAUCACAUCACAAUACCCCAAAACAGCCCCCCAGACUGUUGAUAACCAGGUGGGACUGGAUGUGGUUACCAUGACAGAGGACGUAAACCGGUCGCAGUCGGCACCAGUCAACAACAAACAGGCCCAAUCAGACGAGGACUCCUCAGACGACGACCAAUCAGAUUCCAGCAUCUCCAUGUCGUCUGCCGGUAAAAUCGCUCGCUCACCCGAUGGAUCGAUUCACAAUGGGAAAGACCCCCACCUCCCAACAGAGACCAUGAAUCCCAUGGAACUGUCCAAUCCUCGCCCUCCCUCCGUGCCCCGCCCAAGUUCUCAAGGUCGUCCGGGAUCAGAUCGUCAUAAAGUCCUGCCACCUAUCAACCAGAAAGCAUCUUAUGUUCCAGAGUAUUAACACAAAUGUACACAUGUACUUAGCAUUUAUAAUUUGUAAAUAAAUAUGGAGUGUUGUUUCUGGGAACAUUGGAAGGAUGUUGGUUUUGAUAUGCUAACAUUUUAACAAAGAACUGUGAUAUUUGAAAAAAUUGUUGAAUGAUAAUUAUGUAAAUUAUGUAUUUGUAUUGUUUACAUG